AGGAACUGUGUGGCGAUGCUAGUUCUUAUCCAUCAGGUUGUAUCUCUGCCCCCAAAUUUUGAAGACCUUGAUCUAAGUGUAGAUCAGGCCGUGAGUGAAGUUGUCAGCGUAGUCCAACAGGAUCCUCAGAGCAAUAAUAUUCAUAUAGCUCACAAUAAUCCUAAAAACAGUGAUAUAACUGUUGAACAGGUUAAUCCGUUCAAUACGACAGUACACAUCAGUUUAAAUGUUGGAACAGGAUCUAAGGUCAAUGUUAAAAUGUCUAAUGCUAAAAAUCUUCAACUUCACAUAAGUUUCAAUGGAAUGGGGAACAGCGAGUGCACCGUAGACCUGGAUAAGAUUUUCAAUUCAACAGUACAUCUUUCAUUUCAGAACCCAACAAAUACUCCAGUCACCCUGAACAUGAACGAAGCAGUGCUGUCAAAUCUUCAUGUCAGCCAAAAUAUACCAAGGAAGAGUCCAAUGAAGAUUACUAUGGAAGAAGCUGAAAAUUGCCAGAUUCACAUCAGUCAAGCAGUCCCUAUGUCUAGUCCUCUAACUUGGCAACUAACCGGGGAUCCAGAAAAGAACCAGAUUGUGGUUGCUCAGAAUGCUGCGGACGAUCUCUCACCUUUGGACUGUACACCAGAAUGUCCACAGGAGGAGUAUGUUUAUGAUUACCAGUAUGCCGGAUCCGCUCAUAAUGACGCACAAGAUGACGCAGAAACUGACGCAAUUGAUGUAGAAAUCCCAGAGAAUGAUCCUGUUCUAAAUCAGAUUGAUGAAAGGAUCAUCAUCGAAGACUAUCAAGAGAUCACAGGCUUUAACAACAAUGCAGCAAAAGAAGUUAUUGAAGAAGAAGACUUCUCGGAUAAUCCCUCUGAAUAUGAGGAAUAUGUAGUUGAAGAAGAUGUAGCUGAAGAGCUACUUCCAGCUCCUGUUCAAGGUCUGAAUGCUAUUAUUGAUCUAGCCCAAGAUCUUGAUGAAGUAGCACCAGGCGUAGAUCAGAAUACUGAUGCUCCAUUUGAAGAUGUUGCUGUAGAUCAAAAUGAUGUUGUUCCAGUAGAUGAUGCUGAUGUAGAUCAGAAUGCUGUUGCUCCUGUAGAUGAUGUUGUUGUAGAUCAGAAUGACGUUGCUCCAUUAGAAGAUGCUGUUGAAGAUCAAAAUGCUGUUGCUCCGGUGGAUGAUUCUGUUUCCAAUAUCAAUUACUCUGCUGAAGACAAUGAAAUUCCAGAAACCGGUUCUGAAGUUCUCGUGCAAUGCCCUGGAGGAGAUUUAGAGUCUUGUGUUGAUGUAUGUCCAGGAACCUACGGACCUCGUGUGUUUGGAGCUUGUGUCUCAAGCUGCGGAAAAAGAUGCCCUUAAUAAAUUCCUUAAAAGAUCUUUUUAUAGAUUCUUUGAUAGAUUCUGCAAUCUUUUCCGAUCAUGUUAUCUCUCUUUCUCUGAUAUGUGAUCCCCUUUUUUUUGCCUGUGAUCUUUUUCCUGGCAUACAGGGUUAUCCACAAUUCACAAAGGAUGAGACUUAGGAGACGAUUGUACGGAAGUUGACCUGUCUGUGUCCUUAUAUUUACGGUUUUCUGCAACUGUCAACUUUUUCUUUCUAUGCAAAAUUAUUAAAUAAGCCUUUAAAAACCUAUAUUCAAGGCCGAUAACAUAAUUUAUAAUAGGGAUUGUCUUGUGUUCGAUCUAGGUCGUCUUUACUAUCAUAUCCUUUGUGGAUAACCCUGUAUGAUCCCGCUUUUCCUGGCAUGUAAUCACUGUGAAUUGAGACAUCUGAUUAAAUCUUCUUCAUUAUUA